CCCCUCCCCUCCCCUCCCUCCGAGAUCUCUCCUGUCUCAACUCUCAAGGCGAGGCAGAUCUGCCGCCCGCCACCACCUACCUCUCCCUCCCUCCGCUCAAUCUUCUCGAUCGCCUCCGCCUCCUCCUCCGGUUACAAGGAGGGAGAUGCUGACCAAGUUCGAGACCAAGAGCAACCGGGUGAAGGGGCUCGCCUUCCACCCGCGGCGCCCAUGGAUCCUCGCCAGCCUCCACAGCGGCGUCAUCCAGAUGUGGGACUACCGCAUGGGUACCCUCCUCGACCGCUUCGACGAGCACGACGGGCCCGUCCGCGGCGUCCACUUCCACGCAACGCAGCCGCUCUUCGUCUCCGGAGGUGAUGACUACAAGAUUAAGGUGUGGAACUACAAGACUCACCGCUGCCUCUUCACACUCCAUGGCCACCUCGACUACAUUCGCACCGUGCAGUUCCAUGACGAGUAUCCGUGGAUCGUCAGUGCCAGUGACGACCAGACAAUCCGUAUCUGGAACUGGCAGUCACGCACCUGUGUCGCCGUGCUGACAGGGCAUAAUCACUAUGUCAUGUGUGCUUCCUUCCAUCCCAAGGAGGACCUUGUCGUGUCAGCGUCUCUGGAUCAGACUGUUCGGGUAUGGGAUAUUGGGGCACUAAAGAAGAAAUCAGUCUCGCCAGCAGAUGACAUUAUGCGUCUCACUCAGAUGAACACUGACCUCUUUGGAGGCGUCGAUGCGGUGGUCAAGUAUGUCUUGGAGGGUCAUGACCGCGGGGUCAACUGGGCCUCAUUUCAUCCCACCUUACCACUUAUUGUUUCUGGGGCUGAUGACCGUCAAGUCAAGCUGUGGAGAAUGAACGACACCAAGGCAUGGGAGGUUGAUACUUUGAGAGGCCACAUGAACAAUGUGUCUUGCGUAAUGUUCCACGCGAAGCAGGACAUCAUCGUAUCCAACUCAGAAGACAAAAGCAUUCGCAUUUGGGAUGCCACAAAGAGAACUGCCAUCCAGACAUUCAGGCGUGAGCAUGACCGCUUCUGGAUUCUUGCCGCUCACCCUGAGAUGAAUCUUCUUGCAGCUGGUCAUGACAGUGGCAUGAUUGUGUUUAAGUUGGAGAGGGAGCGCCCAGCUUUCAGCGUCAGUGGUGAUACAGUGUUCUAUGUGAAGGACCGAUUCCUCCGGUACUAUGAAUACUCCACACAGAAGGAGGUCCAGGUUGCUCCCAUUAGAAGGCCUGGAACAGUCAGCUUGAAUCAGUCACCAACAACAUUAUCAUACAGUCCAACUGAGAAUGCAAUCUUGAUCUGCUCCGAUGUGGAUGGGGGCUCAUAUGAGCUAUACAUCGUUCCCAAGGACUCUGCUGGCAGGUCUGAUUAUUUGCAGGAGGCAAGGAAGGGAGCUGGUGGUUCUGCAGUUUUCAUAGCCCGCAAUCGAUUUGCAGUGCUGGAGAAGAGCAGCAACAAUGUUUUGGUUAAGAACCUUAAAAAUGAGAUUGUGAAGAAAACCCCUCUUCCUCUUGCAACAGAUGCAAUUUAUUAUGCUGGGACAGGCAACAUAUUGUGCAAAGCUGAAGACAGGGUGGCGAUCUUUGAUCUGCAGCAGAGGCUUGUUCUUGGCGAACUCCAAGCACCUACUGUCAAGUAUGUAGUUUGGUCCAGUGAUAUGGAGUCUAUUGCACUGCUUAGCAAGCACGCCAUAGUCAUUGCAAACAAGAAGCUGGUCCAUCGCUGCACGCUUCAUGAAACCAUACGUGUAAAGAGUGGUGCAUGGGAUGAAAAUGGUGUAUUCAUAUACACCACUUUGAACCAUAUCAAGUAUUGCCUUCCUAAUGGAGACAGUGGCAUCAUCAGAACACUUUAUGUCCCAAUUUACAUUACCAGAGUUAUCGGGAACAGCAUCUUCUGCUUAGAUCGUGAUGGAAAGAACAAGUUGAUAACAGUCGAUGCUUCUGAAUACAUUUUCAAGCUCGCCCUUUUCCGGAAACGCUAUGACCAUGUCAUGAGUAUGAUUAAGAACUCGCAGCUGUGUGGGCAGGCUGUGAUUUCUUAUUUACAACAGAAGGGGUUUCCAGAAGUUGCUCUCCACUUUGUGAAAGAUGAGAAGACCAGAUUUAAUCUGGCUCUUGAGAGUGGAAACAUCCAGAUUGCUGUUGCUUCUGCGAAGGAACUUGAUGACAAGGAUCACUGGUACAGGUUGGGAAUUGAGGCUUUGAGGCAGGGAAACGUUGGUAUCGUUGAAUAUGCAUACCAGCGGACAAAGAAUUUCGACAGGCUUGCUUUUCUCUAUCUUAUAACUGGUUACUUGGACAAGGUGGGCUUUAUGUGUAAGAUUGCUGGGCAGAAUAACAAUUUGAUGGGCCAGUUCCAUAAUGCACUGUAUCUCGGGGAUGUACGGAAGCGAGUUGAGAUCUUGGAGAAUGCAGGGCAGCUACCUCUUGCAUAUGUAACUGCUGCCACUCAUGGCCUCAUUGAAAUUGCUGAGAGGCUUGUUGCUGAGUUGGGGGAGAAUGCCCCUUCUCUACCUGAAGGGAAAGCUAGCUCACUGCUGAUUCCUCCUGCUCCUCUUACAUCUUGUGGCGACUGGCCUUUAUUGAAGGUGAUGCGUGGUAUCUUUGAUGCUGGACUAGAUGCUACUGGGAGGGCAGAUCAGGAUGAAUACUGUGAAGAUGCUGGUGGUGACUGGGGUGAUGAAGAACUAGACAUUGUUGACGUAAAUAAUGUGAUGGAAAAUGGAGAUAUUGUUGACCACAAUGAGGAAGAUGAGGCAAACGAAGAGGAAGGUGGCUGGGACCUUGAAGAUCUGGAAUUGCCACCUGAGACAGAGACGCCAAAGGCUGCUGGUCCGGCCCGUUCCUCUUUGUUUGUGGCUCCCACUCCAGGCAUGCCUGUCAGCCAAAUUUGGACGCAGAAGUCAUCCCUCGCUGGGGAGCAUGCUGCAGCUGGCAACUUUGACACUGCAAUGCGAUUGCUUAGCCGCCAGUUGGGUGUCAAGAAUUUUACUCCUCUGAAGCCUUUGUUUCUUGAUGCACACAUGGGCAGUCAUACCUUUUUGCGUGCAUUUGCAAGUGCUCCGGUUGUAUCUGUAGCUAUUGAGAAAGGCUGGACUGAAUCUGCUAGUCCUAAUGUGAGGGGCCCACCUGCACUUGUCUUUACCUUCUCGCAAAUGGAUGGCAAGCUUAAGGCUGCAUAUAAAGCCACAACCGAGGGUAAAUUCCCUGAAGCACUGAGGCAGUUCCUGAACAUCCUACACAUCAUCCCGCUCCUUAUUGUGGACUCGCGAAGAGAAGUUGAUGAAGUAAAGGAGCUGAUUGAGAUUGUGAGAGAGUAUGUCCUUGGUCUUAGGAUGGAAGUCAAAAGGAAGGAGCUGAAAGAUGACGCCACCCGGCAACAGGAGUUGGCUGCGUACUUCACUAACUGCAAGCUGCAGAAGGUUCACAUGCGCCUUGUCCUCACUAGCGCUAUGGGCCUUUGCUUCAAGGGCGGAAACUAUGCUACUGCAGCAAAUUUUGCCCGGAUGCUUCUGGAGAAGAGCCCCAAUGAGGCCCAAGCGAAGAAGGCUAGGCAAGUUGUGCAGGCCUGUGGGGAAAGGAAGGAUGGCUGUCAGUUGAACUAUGACUUCAGGAAUCCGUUUGUGGUGUGUGGAGCAACCUUUGUUCCGAUAUACCGGGGGCAGAAGGAUGUUUCCUGCCCGUACUGUGGAUCUCGGUUCGUGCCCUCGGUUCAAGGUGAGCUGUGUACCAUAUGCGAGCUCUCGGUUGUUGGGGCAGAUGCUUCUGGCCUGCUCUGCUCGCCUACACAAUCGAGAUAAGUGGCUCUUCCUCUGUGUCUUGAGUUGGAAGACUGAUGCGGUGGUGUAUUCUAUCAUCUGGGAAUUUGCUGGCUGACCGGCUGUUGUGAGGUCUCUCGGAAUAAGUAUACUACUAGGUUCUCUUGAGGUUUCCCUUUUUUGAAAAUUUCCUUUUUGUAGUCCAUCGUUGUCUCCUGAUAAGGCUGUGGUAAAAUUGUGUCUAGUAUUUUGGAUGUGGUCAUGCGGGUUCAUCUGGGACCCUAAACACUUGUGUAUUUAGUUAAUCAGGCUUGAGAAUUCCUUCAUUAUAUGAACAUGUACCAAACCAUGUUGGAUGGAUUAUUUGUUUUUGGUA